CCGCCCGUGAGAUGCGCGUCAAUUUAUUACUCUUACUUUCUGUUUACUACUUUUUCUUCAUUUUUGGGCGGAUCCUGUUUAUUUCAAUUUGCAUACCAAUGUUAGAAGGCGGAUUCCGAUUGGCUAGGGUCGCGUUUUAUUUUUGUUUAUUAUUUUUUGUUUAUAUUUUUUGUUUUUUAGAAGAAAAACAAAACUACAUCCACGUGUCAACAGCAGGAACCAAUGAGUGCUUCAGAACCUAACGAGCAGGCUGGCCAAUCCAAACGACGAAACUGAAUCACAGCAUCAUCAUGGGUGAACCACAGCAGGUUAGCGCCCUGCCUCCUCCACCUAUGCAGUACAUCAAAGAGUACACGGACGAGAAUGUCAGCAAAGGUUUUGCCCCCAAACCACCACCACCCAUCAGAGACAGUUACAUGAUGUUUGGAAAUCAGUUCCAGUGUGACGACCUGAUCAUUCGGCCUCUGGAAAGCCAAGGCAUCGAGCGGCUCCACCCUGUGCAAUUUGACCACAAACGUGAGCUCAAAAAGCUCAACAUGUCUAUCCUGGUGAACUUUCUGGACCUUCUAGACAUCCUCAUCAAGAGCCCUGGCAGUAUAAAGCGAGAAGAAAAGCUGGAGGACUUGAAACUUCUGUUUGUUCACAUGCACCACCUGAUAAAUGAGUAUAGGCCACAUCAGGCCAGGGAGACUUUGCGAGUGAUGAUGGAGGUUCAGAAACGACAGAGACUAGAUACAGCAGAGCGGUUUCAAAAGCACCUGGAGCGGGUUGUGGAGUUGAUCCAGGGGUGCCUUGCCUCCCUGCCUGAUGACUUACCGCAGUUGGAGGGCUCUGACAGUGCUAGUGACGGACCACGAACUCUGAUUUCCGGGAGCGGUGUGGGGCCUUCUGGCCAGGUUCCAAGGCUGAAGACAGAGCCUAUGGAUUUGGAGGAAGCAGGAGCAAGCUGCAUGGCAGCAGGUCACCAGAGCAAGAUCAUAGCUACCAUAAAAAAUGACAAAAUGUGGGACAAAGAUGCAGCCAUGUGUAGUAUCAUUGACAAAAUUGCCUAGUAGUCUCUCACUUUCUAUACUGCGGAUGUUUUAAGUUUGAUUUGAGUUUAUUUAAAAGUGUUGUACCUGUUGUUUUAUGGCCUCAGGAAAGACAAUUAUCCAUUCAUCCUUGCCUUGACAAACGAUCAACCUGUGCAGAACUGUGGGGGGAAAAAAACUGAAAAUAGAAAGAUUAAAAAAAAAUCUAAUAAAGAUAUUUUCAGCUAAACGAGAGCAGUUGUCUGAACAGUCAUUAUCUCACAGAGUGAUAUUGUAAUGUUUUAUGUAGACUGGGCUCAUUUGUUCUGCAUAGGA